AUCUUUUGAAGGUGGAAUGGAUUACAGAGUCCCUGGGGCAGUGAUCAAUGGAGAAAUACCUGCACAAGCCUCUGGGGAAAAGAAGAAAAUAGAAGCUGUGAAUCAAACAUUAGACCGAGACCACUGGAACAACAAACUGGAAUAUGUGCUUUCUGUGGCAGGGGAAAUCAUUGGCUUGGGGAAUGUCUGGCGGUUCCCUUAUCUCUGUUACAGGAAUGGUGGCGGUGCCUUCUUCAUCCCCUAUCUCAUCUUCCUCUUCACCUGUGGGAUCCCAGUUUUCUUCCUGGAGACGGCGCUUGGGCAGUACACUAGCCAGGGAGGUGUCACUUCCUGGCGGAGGCUGUGUCCUCUCUUUGAAGGAAUCGGCUACGCUUCCCAGGUGAUUGUUGUGCUCCUUAAUUUCUAUUACAUUAUUGUUCUGGCUUGGGCCUUGUUUUACCUCUUCAGCUCAUUCACCAUAGACCUUCCAUGGGGCAGCUGUGACCAUGAGUGGAACACAGAGAACUGUAUGGAAUUCCAGAAGGCAAACACUUCUCUAAAUGUGACAACUGAAAAUGCCACCUCUCCAGUCAUAGAGUUCUGGGAGAGGAGAGUGCUGAACAUUUCUGAUGGCAUAGAACAUAUGGGAAGUGUGCGGUGGGAACUGGCUCUCUGUCUCCUGCUGGCUUGGAUUAUCUGCUACUUCUGCAUCUGGAAAGGAGUCAAGUCUACAGGCAAGGUGGUGUACUUUACGGCUACAUUUCCAUACCUGAUGCUAGUGGUCCUGCUGAUUAGGGGAGUCUCCCUGCCUGGGGCAUCUAAAGGGAUCCUCUUCUACCUUUACCCAGACCUCACUAGACUCAGGGAUCCCCAGGUGUGGAUGGAUGCAGGUACUCAGAUUUUCUUCUCUUAUGCCAUUUGCCUGGGAUGCCUGACUGCUUUGGGCAGCUACAACAAGUAUCAUAACAACUGUUACAGGGACUGCAUUGCUCUGUGUUUUUUAAACAGCGGCACAAGUUUUGUGGCUGGUUUUGCAAUCUUUUCCAUCCUGGGCUUUAUGGCACAAGAGCAGGGAGUGCCUAUCUCUGAGGUAGCUGAGUCAGGGCCUGGCUUGGCAUUCAUAGCAUACCCACGAGCUGUCGUCAUGCUGCCUUUCUCACCGUUAUGGGCCUGCUUCUUCUUUGUCAUGGUUGUUCUGCUGGGAUUGGACAGCCAGUUCGUCUGCGUGGAGAGCCUGGUGACAGCCCUAGUUGACAUGUAUCCUGGAAUCUUCCGGAAAAAGAACCGCAGAGAAAUGCUCAUCCUUCUUGUCUCUGUCCUCUCAUACCUUGUGGGACUGGUCAUGAUCACUGAGGGUGGGAUGUAUGUCUUCCAACUGUUUGACUACUACGCUGCUAGUGGAAUGUGCCUACUAUUUGUCGCCAUUUUUGAGACUCUGUGCAUUGGAUGGGUAUAUGGAGCUGACCGUUUCUAUGAUAACAUUGAAGACAUGAUUGGCUAUCGGCCAUGGUCUGUCAUCAAAUACUGUUGGUUAUUCAUCACACCAGCUGUCUGCCUGGCGACAUUUCUCUUUUCUCUGAUUAAAUACGCUCCACUGACAUACAACAAGAAGUAUGUGUACCCCUGGUGGGGAGACACUGUGGGCUGGCUGCUAGGGCUCUCAUCUAUGAUCUGCAUCCCUCUCUGGAUUGUCUAUAAACUUUCCACUAUCAAAGGCUCCCUGAGAGAGAGGUUCCAUCAACUUGUCUGUCCAGAUGAAGACUUGCCCCAGAGGAUGUGUCCAGGACAGCCCUUUCCGGCCCGCAGAACUGGGCUCCUGAUGUUGACUGAGUUGGAUUCUCACUGUUAGAGGGAGGUGUGCCCCUCUGCAUUGGACAAUCCUAGACUUUGCCAGGGGCCAAGGAGGGCGGGACCCAUAAGCUGACUUUCCUGUCCCCUUCCAAAGGAUCUAUGAUGGCUGCUAGGGAAAGAGAGUUCUCCCAAGACAUUAUGGUGGAAGCAGAUGUGGCUUCAUCUUCUGUCUGGAGGCACAAUCACAGGAGAUGAUUCAAACCAAAAUGUUCCCCUGGGAGAUCUUCUGGGAGUGGAACUGUGGAAGCCUGGGAUGGAAAUACUUAACAUGAUUGCAGAAGCAUUUAUCUUGCAUGGAUUUUAGAGAGCCUUCCAUUCCAUCUAUAAAAUCAUUGUUCCUUCCAA